AUGACUGAACCCGAUGAUCUCUUUACGCUUAAAAAUCAGCUUUGGGUAGGUAACUAUCCGAAUGUAUUAAGUGAAGGUUUGACACUCAAUCAUUUAAGUGAAGCACUACGUAAUGAACGUGAUGUGUACGUGUAUCGUGCACACUUGGCAUUGGGUCAUGUUUCUCUCGUGUUACAGAGUAUUUCCGACACAGGAAAUACGUCUAUUGCUCUUAGCGCUAUAAAACUCUGGGCCACUUUUCUUAGUGGUCAAAGUGAUAAGGAAAUGAUUGAUCUCACGCUCAAGGAAUGGCUGGCAGACCCCGUAAGCGGUGAGAACGCGCAUUUACUACUGGUUGCUGGUCAGAUUUACACUCGUAAUGGAAAACUCUCAGAUGCGUUAUCAGCUUUUACUCGUGGUGGUUCACUUGAGCACAUGCUGUACAUUGUUCACUUGUAUUUGCAAAUGGAUCGUCUAGAUUUGGCUCAAAAGACGGCGCAGGAGAUGAAGCGAAUUGAAGAGGACUCGACCUUGACGCAACUGGCGCACGCUUGGUGUCUGACACUGCAGGGUGGCGAUAAGGCUGAUGAAGCCACACUGCAUUUUCAGGAACUUGCGGACAGAUUUGGUUCCACGCCGUUGCUGCUGAAUGGCGCGGCGGUUGCCUUUAUGGCACUUCAGAAUUACGGGGAAGCAGAGCGGCUGCUACUUGAAGCUAUUCAGAAGGACCCUGGCAACGAGGAUACGCUUAUCAACUUGAUUGCAGUCAAUGCGCACCUGAACAAACCCACGCAGCAGUACAUUAUGCAGCUCCAGCAGGUGGCGCCAUCAAGCUCGUGGCUGGACAAUUACGUGUUGCUGGACCAGGGUUUCUCCGAGAUGGCUGCCACCUUUGCGUGA